AUGACCGCCACCGCUGCAGCCACGAGUCCAGUUCCCACCCCCGGCGUCAACAAACUUGCAGCACCACUGUUGCCCGCCGGCGUGGUUGAGCCGGAAGGAGCCGCCUCACCAGAUGUGGCAUUGGCGUCUACAUUCUAG